UGUUUCCCAACUACAGAUAUUUUUCAUUCUAUCUGAAUGGAGACUCAAAGGGAUUAGAGAAUUUCACUUCAAAGACACGGACAUUUCCGACAUCAAUGUGAGUUGCGAGAUCCAUGUGGUGAUGGAGCACCGAGGUGUGAUACAGACCUGGAGGCUUCUUCUCAUCUGUUCCAGUAUCUUUCAAGCUACCGCUUCCCCUCCUACUAAAGAAGCAGCCAGUGACAGUUCCCUAUUCAGUAAUCCAACCUAUAUUCAUUCGCCUGAAGUUGAGCAGAGCUUGAACUCAGUUGCUGUGAGUGACUCUUCCAGCCUCCCUCAACCUUUGCUUGAGAUGUCCAACGAGAACUCAGUUCAUGCCAAACAUUUCUUGCCACCAAACACGAGCAAGUCCGCACGACACCUGAGGAGGUCCCUGAGAGACAAUGGUUUUGAUUUUAGUGGGGAUGAUGAGGAUGUUGAUAGUGAGGAUGAUUUCAAUUUUGAAACAACUGAAAAGGAUGUUUUUGAAUCUGAACAGUUUAUUUUAGAAAAUACAUCUGCUCCACUGGUCCCUUCUGCUCGUACAAGUGAUAACACGGACUACUCUUUAUUGAGGCAAUUUGAAGGUACCCCAGAUUAUCAAACAGUUCAAACACAUCAAAGCCUCAGAAAUUCUCAACGUGGCAAAACAGUAGAUGCCAGCUCUUUCCUCCAAAAGCCCACAGCGGCAUCUCCAAAUGAUUCCCCUGUUUUUGAGGUCACCACCCACCACACAGUUCUUGAACAAACUGAGUUUGUGCAGCCAGCAGAUGGACGCAUCAUCGCCAUUGGCAAAACAGCUCAGACGUCAACUCCACAUCAUUCAGUGGCCGAGCAACAACAUUUACUUACUAGUUCCUUUGUACUGGGAAAGGAGGAGGCUGUGUUGCUGGUCCUUCUCUCGCACAAAGGAACCAAUCCUUGA